GUGACGCUGUUGUACACAGAAGUCCUCUGGCUGCAAACAUGGCAGAACGCACUAUGUCAGCUCGCAUGAUUAAAAAGCCGCCUUCGGCUGGCACUGGAAAGUUGCCCAGACCUGCAAACCGUCCAGUCUCUGCGCCACCAAAAGAAAAACCGAAGAUGGAUAUCUUUGCAAAGGAGGAAGAGUACAAACGCCUGAAUGCUGAGUUGGAAGCAAAGACAGCUGAAAUUGUUAGACAAGCAGAGGAAGUCAUGAGGGAACAAAACGAAGUUCUGUCAAAACCCAUAUCCUCUCACCUUGAUAUUGAUAUUGACGAUGAAGAGGAUCUGAGAGAGCGGAUAUCAAUAACACCCUCAGAGAGGAAGACAGCUGCAAAGUCUGAACAGAAGAAAAGUGCUUUAAAGCCAAGCAAACCACUAAUUGCCACCAAGAAGAGAUCACAGAAAACAAAGGUCACCAAAACAGUGGCCGAAGAUGUUGCUAUCAUAGAAGACUAUGGGGAUUUCUCUUUGGUAAACACAAUUAACAACAUUGAAGGGAAACUGAAUGAUGGAGUUGUUCCUGAGGAUCUUGAGGAAAAUGUUAUGCCUAGUGUUGGGGAAGAAAUGGGAUCAGAGGCCCAGAUCCGCUUUUUGAAGGCAAAACUUAGAGUGAUGCAAGAGGAGCUGGAAAGGCUGUCAUUUGAAUGCAACAAGAAGGAUGAUGAAAACAUUGCAAUGAGCAGCAAACUGAAACAGACUGAAGAAGACCGAACUAGGCUCCAGAGAACCACAAACAUUCAACAGAACCAGAUAGAGAAACACAGAGCCAUGGCAGAGGAAGCCAACAGAAGAUGUGAUGGGUUACAACAGCAAGUGACCUCAUUACAGAAAGAAAUUGAUGGACUGAAAAGGGCAGAAAAACAAGGGGAAAACAAGCACAGUGUCACAGAGGUCAGGCUGAACAGAGCUGUGGAGGAAGCCGAGAAGUACAAGAUGCAACUUAACAAGAUUAAACAGACCACAAAGGAUGCUGCACAUCAGGAGCAUCAAAGAAUAGAAGCCUUGCAGGCUGAGAACAAGAAGUUGGAAAAGCAAAAGGCUGAACUUCUAGUUGGCUUCAAAAAACAGUUGAAGCUAAUUGAUAUAUUGAAACGACAAAAGAUGCAUUUUGAAGCUGCCAAAAUGUUGGCCUUCACAGAAGAGGAGUUCAUGAAAGCUCUUGAUUGGGGAAAGUCAUAGUGUACAUAAUCUCAAAGGAUUUUUGGUGGAGGCCUCUACUUACUGAAGGACUUUACUAAGGAUGGAUCAUGCCAUAAAAAAAUGUGUUUUUGUAAUUAAUUCUGAGUUUGGUUAUUUUAUACGUGUUGCUUUGUUAAAAAUAAACUGUUUUGUCAGGUCAA